CUCCCGAGACCCCAGAGGUCAAUCUCGUACCCAGAGCCUUUAUAUCUUACUGCGCAUGCUCGACACGCAUGCGCAGUAAGAAAUAAAGGCUCUCAGUAUGAGAUUGCCCAGAGGUGAGAGACGAGUUAACAAUUUUUUCGCCACUCACAAAUUUUAUUUUGAUUGUCUUUAUUUUUAGACACAAACUGCAACCAAGUUCACGGGAAAUUUGUAGUUUUUUUAAACACUUUGUUUAAUUCUUUUUCUUGACAAGUGCACAGAUUAAUUUCCUGCAGAUAAGAUGUGUGUGAGAACACCAAGCCUGGAAAAGCUUUUAGGGUUAAGACUUGUUCAUUCAUUAUUCAAUCCAAGACGCUUUUUUCUGUCUCGAUCUAUCUUUUUUUGAUCGAUAACAAAGUUUUUUCUUCUUCAGAGAUCCCUCAUUUUUAUCCAAUUUAGAAAGCCAGAAUUAACGUAACAACAUUUUUGCUAAUCUUAAGUUGUUGGUGAAUUUUGGAACCAGAUUUUGAUAGUUAAGCCGAUUUUUGAUAAAUGAAUAAAUUAUUUUUCUUUUUGCGCUUUGUUUUCUUCCGUCGGGACUCGAUAGAGUUCAUUUACCGACCCAAAACAAGGUCGAACUCCUUAAGCGACAUUUCAAGCCAUAGGCUUCCAACAUCGAUGACAACUUUCAAGUCUUAAACUUCAAGUUUUUGAAAUAAUAGCUCAUCAAAAAGAACUCAAAAAAAUUUCAACUGUUUUCUUUACGCACUACUGAUGAAUUCGUGAUUAAUUUUGUCCGCUAUCGCCAUGAUUUUGGCAGUAUACUUCAUUGAUCUUAAGGGUUUCCGCAAUGAAUGUGUUAGUGUUUAUACAAGUUGCUGCCUUGCAGCCAAUCUGCUUUCAUGCAGCGUUACGUCAAGUAUGACCUAUAUUAAGGCGGUCUCCCGAUAAAAAUAUAUUUAGCGAGUUUGUGUUAUGUCUUAGUCACAUUCAAGUCACUCGGUGAGAUAGAAGCACCAUUGCUAUUGGAAAUACGUGUCACUUUUAGAUGAGACGUUUGUUGGGCGCUAUAAAACAUGAAUCUUACCAACUCAUCGCUGGCUUUGCAGCAGAAUGGCGAAGUCUGUGAUAUUUCAAGCUCGCUUGGAGCCACGGUCUGUAAAGCUCUGGCCUAUAUCAUCAUCUUUUUCGUGUCUGCAAUUGGGAACAUCAUUGUCAUAGGUGUUGUGCUGCGAACGAAGAGCCCAAGAGGAGUCAUGGAUAUUUUCAUUGUCAACAUGGCCUUUUCGGAUCUUUUCGUGCCGUUUCUGAUGGUACCAAAAGAGCUCUUCGAGGUCAUAUCGGGCAGCUUGGAAUGGCAAGUCGGUGGGCUUGUAGGCAACGUUUUCUGCAAGUUGUACUUCUUCAUAGCAGACAUAUCUCCAAUCGUCUCCACUUUGACUCUCUAUUGCAUUACCGUGGAGCGGUUUUUAGCCGUAACGCGACCGAAGCUGCCAUCAUACAAAGAACCAAAGCUGCACUUGAUCAUGGUGGUCUUAACCUGGAUCAUCGCCAUGGGAUACUGUGCACCCUAUAUGUACGUAUUCAGACUGGAGCGGGUUGAAAAUCCUAGUGAAGGGACCAAUGGAACAACAAUACUGAGCUGUGGCAUCAACUGGGCUCCUGCCUUUGACCAUGUCACUUCUCACAUGGCUUACAUAACAGCUACCUGCGUGCUGUUUGUCAUCAUUCCCUUCUUCAGCUUAACCUGCAUGUACACUUACCUCGUUAUCAAGGCAAGAGCUUCGUACAAGAUCAUGGCACAUUCCUUGUCGCCUCGAGCAAAGAAGCGUCGUGCUAUCAAAAUGUGGACCUUGUUGAAGCUCUCCAUCGCUGUUGUUCUUGGCUUUGCCAUCUGCUGGGCUCCCUUCAAUGUCGGGAUGUUCCUCCUGAUCUUCAUCUGGCAUGGGAAACCACCCACGUCAUGCUUCUUUGAAACCUACUGGUUCGUGGCCAUCUUGAUGUCUGCCUCAAACGCUGCUGUCAACCCUUGGAUUUACUUGGUCUUCGUUGACCGUUUCAAAAAACAGUUGCAGGAAAUCCGAAAAUCAUUCAGCUCUAUGCUUAGCCUCAGAUCGUUAAGCCCUGUACAGCAAAGCGCGGACAUUGAAAAAGAAGGGUGUGGCAAGAUGGAGCCAGUUGCAGUGUGAUCACGCUUUAUGAGGGCAACAGCUACUUAUUUCAGUGAGCCAUUUCACACCGGUACAUCACUGAUAAAUGAACUAAAGCUUGUCGAUGGAAAACAAAGCAGCAGCAUCUCCCUGGCAGCACUUGCAGCCCAUCCGCUAACACCUUUUGAGGUCUGAUUGCCUAGUGAAAGUAUCUCUUGUAUUGGGUGCCCACCUAAUGCAAACAAAGACUUAUCCCAAGAGUUACUAUACCUCGCAUGUAAACCCUACCUAGAAACCAACCACUUUAUGAAAUCAAAUGUAGUAUUCAAUUAGUGCUUUGUCUAUCGCUAAACGAUCAUUGGAUUAAUUCAUUAUCAAUUAGUUGAGCAUAAAUAAUCGAAAAACGUUUGAUACAUCUUUUCAUCCAAGCGACGGUUCUAAGAUUGAUCUUUCCUACUGAUUUUUGUACUUGAAAUAUGCGAAAAAAAGAACAUUUCCAUUUGUAUUCGAAGCGUAAACAAAUCCUUCUGACGCAGUUAGUUUGUCGUGGUAAUAUAGACUAU